UGGAGACAGCCAAAAAAUGAGCCGGGGCAGCGCAUAGAGCGACAGUCCUCACUCGCGAGAGAGCAAGAAGUGCUUCUUCUGAAUCCAUCCAUAGUUUCCACACUCCGUCUGCUGCUGUCAAUCUCGUCCCGAAAACCCUCGCACUCUCUCUCUCUCUCUCUCUUGCUCGCUGUCUUCAACCCUAGUCUCCGUCGCUCCCACGCACAUCCACCGUCUCUCUCUCUCUCUCUCUCUCUCUCUCUAGCUGCUGCAAGCCAUAAGCCUCGCGAAGCUGUCCGGCUAGUGAUCACCAGGCGAAGCAUGCCCGCGAUAUGAUCGUCGGAGGAGGAUUCGCUUACAGAGACUCGUGAAGGCGCUUCCCCUCCGAACCGCUCGUUGCCUUGCUUGCUGACGGGGCGACGCUGAUCCCGCAUUUUCGGUGCGGUCGGGUGAUUUGAGGAGGGGCUUGCGCGGCUUCUGGCCGAGAUCGAGGCGAUGGUGACGGCCGAGAACGAGAGCGUCGACGAGCAGAGGGAGCUCGGCGGGCCGAAGUCGCCGUGGAAGACCCCGGCGGCGGCGGCGGCGGCGGCGGCGGCGGCGGCGGCGGCGGCCGACGGGGAGGCGCCGGUGAUGGGCGCGGAGUCUUGGCCUGCUCUCGGCGAUGCACCGCCGCGGACGAAGAGCGCGGAAUCUCCGGCGAAGCCUCCGCCAUCGGUUGCUUCUGACAGGGGAGCUCCCCCACCAGCUGCUCAGCCUAAGUCUCAAGGGUCUGGAAACUAUAACUCACAGAAGCAUUCAUCAACACGUCAUCAAAAAUCAGGUUCUAAGCGCAACCCAAAUGGUGGGCCUCCUUUCCCUGUACAAUUACCAUAUGGUCAAUUUCCUACUCCCCCCAUAUAUCAUACUAUGGUUCCUGCCCCCCAUAUGGGCAUCCCGGGAUAUGUUUGCCAUCCGUGUGCUGGACCUUUUCCAAGCGUUGAGACUCCUUUGGUGAAGUCAGGAGGUGAAACACCUGGACAGCCUUUUAUUCCUGCUGCUAGUGGCGUUAAUCCCAGUAGAAGUCAACCUUUACCACAAGGAGAUCCUAAUGCUCGUGCUGUGAAUUUUGCGAAUAGAAGACCUAAUAUGCAGCAGCCUGGUGGUCCUUCCCAACCGUGGAAUCAUCGAGCAUUUGGCCCUGGAGAGACCAUUCCAAUGCAACAGGUUGUUGGACCAAGAACGUAUUUUAGGGCUCCAUUCUAUGGUCCAGCUCCUGGAUUUAUGGUUGGUCCAGGCUUCCCAGGACCUACAUCCAUAUGCUAUGUUCCUUUUGCUUCUCGAGGACCGUAUCCUCCACACCUUUUUUCCCAUCCUGUAAAUCCAGGGGCUAGCACACUACCCCCAGAAACACUGGCGUUGAAGUCAAGCAUUAUUAAACAAAUUGAGUAUUACUUCAGUGAUGAGAAUUUGCAGAAUGACAACUAUCUAAUUGAGUUGAUGGAUGAACAAGGAUGGGUUUCAAUAUCCAAAAUUGCUAACUUCAGAAGGGUACAGAAAAUGUGCACCGACAUACAAUUUAUCCUCUAUGCUUUGCAAAGUUCGAGCACUAUUGAAGUGAAGGGUGACAAUAUAAGAAAGCGAGAUGAGUGGUCAAAGUGGAUUCACAAGAGGAAUGAACUUACAUCAAAAGCUGAGACUCCUAAAAGUCAACUUGGUGUUGAUUCUUUUGAGGAUAGCGAUGCAACUGAGGAUAAAGCAGAGAGUCUCUCACAGGGAAGCUGUGCCGCACAUCCAUCUUGUGAUGCGGAGUGUAAUUCGAAUGGGAAAACUUCUCAAUCAACUGUCAAGUGCGUAAACCAUGCUACUGGCACUCCUUCUCCUUUUCCUGAUGAUAUACAAGAGACAGAGUCAACAACAUGGGGCAAUUAUGUGAAACAGAGAAACCAAGCGCCAUCAAUUACAUCUAGAAACAUUAAUGUUUCUGACUUAUCUGAUGACUUCUCUAGCACAUUUAUGCUUGAUGAAGAGCUGGAGCUAGAGCAAAAUACUGUGAAAAGAGACGAUCUUUCUCUAAUUAGAAGAGUUGAUGAUGAAGAUGAUGACAUAGGCUAUGAUCAUGAUGUUCAGAGACUAGUGAUAGUAACACAGAAUGGCAGGAUUGGCAGAUGUUAUGAAACUGGAGGCAAUGAAUCGAAGUCAAUCUCUAGUGAACUUGCUUCUGCAAUUGAUGAGGGUCUUUACUACUAUGAGCAGGAACUAGAAAAAAAGCAAUCCAAUCGUCGAAAGAACAACUGUUCGGAAAAUGGGUCUGGAAAAUGUGGCCCUGGAGUAUCAAACUUCAAGCCGGGGGAACAUUUUGCUGCGUCCAGCAGUCCUGGUGAAUCUGGCAUUACUAAUCCCCGCAGAAAGCAAAAUAAGAGUUCCUCUAAGCAACACACAUCCUUUCAACAGCGUUUUUUUUCCAGCAACUUUAGAAAUCAUGGUACCGCUCGAAGCACUAUAGGAGUGAUAUCAGAGAGUCCGCCAAGCAAUUCCUUUGGUUAUUUCUUUGGGUCUACUCCUCCUGAAAAUCAUGGGCCCAGGUCUUCAAAAUUGAGUAAUUCACCUCAUGGAAAUCUCUCUGGCUGUAGUCCACCCGUUGGUUCGAUGCCAAAGUCAUUUCCACCAUUUCAGCAUCCGAGUCACCGUCUUUUGGAGGAAAAUGGUUUUAAACAGCAAAUGUACCUGAAGUAUCGCAAACGGUGCUUGAAUGACAGAAAGAAGUCAGGAAUCGGUUGCAGUGAGGAAAUGAACACACUGUACCGGUUUUGGUCAUACUUUCUUAGAGACAUGUUCGUCCCUUAUAUGUAUGAAGAGUUCUGCAAACUUGCACUUGAAGAUGCUGCAGCUAACUACAAUUAUGGACUGGAGUGCCUUUUCAGGUUCUAUAGUUAUGGCUUGGAGAAGGAAUUCAGGGAGGAUCUGUAUAAGGAUUUUGAAAAGCUCACCCUCGACUUUUACCAUAAAGGCAACCUUUAUGGCCUUGAGAAAUACUGGGCAUUUCACCAUUAUCGCCACCAGAAAGAUCCAAUCAAGAAGCAACAGGACUUGGAGAGGUUGCUCUUAGAGGAAUACCGCACCUUGGACGAUUUCCGCACUAAAGAGAGAGCUAACACCGCGAAGGAGGAGGGCCAUUAGGGAGCAGUUUGCUCGUGUUCCAGCGUGGCAACAUCCAAUUUUGAAAGAGCAUGGCUAACGAAUUUUGACUGAGGAGUUUGAGAAAUGGAAGCUCCUGUUUUUGGCUUGGAUGCAAAGAAGUGGUUCCUGUGGUUUUUUUUUAUCGUGUCCUCGGGGCAGCCUUUGCUCCGCUACGAGCUAUGAGCAGUCACUGGUCGCCGAGGCAUUUUUUUUCCCUUGGACAGUUCUUUCAGCUCUCACGUCGUGUCUUUAUUCAUGUCCACAGGCUUAGAGAGGUGCCCUUCUGUGCAUAUCCUCUCGGUUGUAAUUUGUAUAUAGAGGGGAAAAACCGAAAACCAAAACCCAAAAAAAAAAAAAAAUAGAAAAAGAACCAAAAAAAAAGAAAAGAAAAAUAAGGCUGUUUUAAAUCUCGUCCAGAAUGGAACAAUAAGAGAUUGCGAUGCUGGUGUUUUUGGUAGCCUCCUUUCUCUUUUGGUUAGUCUUCCCUAAAUCACGCUUUUUUGUUGUGAUUUACGCAUUUGUGAUCAGUGAUCUUGAGGUUGGGUUUAUAUGCAGAAUCGUCAGAUUAGUUUGCAUUCCGAAA